GAAGAAUCAUGGCACGCCUAUCUGGUCUUUUCGUCUUCCUCACACUUCUCCUAUCCCUCUUCGCCAUCUCCACUUCUGCAGCCCCCACAACCUUUGCUGAAGUAGAAGAAUCAUGGCAAAGAGGCCAACAUCCCACUCCCUCCUACCACUCUCAUCUACCCUCUCACCAACACUCCAACGAUUACAACGAUGGGAACACAGAAACAGCAUUUCAAGGCAUGUUGGACGAACGCACCAUGGCCGUGCGCAGAAAACUGCACAAUGUGAUUGGGAGAAGAGGUGUUUUUGGCGUCAUGUUUGGUGGAAAGGCAGAGGUGGAAAGAAGGGAAGAGAUAGAGGUGUUGAGGCCGGUGAGGAAUAGACGGUGGCAAUUU